AUGUGUCAGGCACUCGAGGAAGUCGCCGCCCAGGUCGGCACGAAAAGUAUCACUUCGGUCGCAAUUGCGUACGCGAUGCAGAAAGUACCUUAUGUCUUCCCGAUCGUCGGCGGACGCAAGGUCGAGCACCUAAUGGAAAACAUCGAAGCCUUGAGCAUCUCGCUCUCGCCUGAGCAAAUCGCAUACCUGGAAGGCAUCCUCCCCUUCGAGCCCGGAUUUCCAUAUACCACGAUCGGCGACGGGACUGGGUACGGCAACCUCUUCAGCUGGGCCGGCCACUUCGACCCAUGGCCCGUCCAACAAGCUAUCCGGCCAGCCAAUUAA